AUGACCGAAUUAUUCAUUUACAAUAAGUCAAUAUCAGCAACCACCGGCAUCAUGACAGGCCUAUCCCAGCUGAUCAGGCCACAGUCACUGACUCCUCCGCUAUUCAAGAAAAGAUCACAGAAGUCACCAAACAGACCUCCUGCAUCUCUCGAUUGCCAAAUCGAUACUUCUCCGAUCGUCAUUGUCAAUGACGACGAUACUGAUGGCGCUACUAUCUCGGGUUCACUACUUUUCAACGUUGAAGAAGCCAUCGAAGCUGACAGCCUCUCUGCCACAUUGCGAGUUCAUGUGAUUUACAAAAAGCCAUUCAAGAGAACAUGCAAAGCGUGUAAACACCAGGUAUCGGAACUUAAGCGCUGCCACUUUAUCAAAACAACGACCUCACUAGAUCACAACAAUUACGCGUAUCCCUUUUCUUACCGAGUACCGAGUUAUGUUCCUCCUUCUAUGGAUACUUCACUAGUUUCUGUCACAUACGAAUUCGAAGCUGUAGCCUCUGUAAGGCGAACAGGAUCAAUGCCAAAAUCACCUGAGAUCAUCACACUCAACCGUACUCUUCCAAUCGCACGAUCAAUACCAGUUCCGAGCAACCCUUUAUCAUCAAGUCGAAUAUACCAAGCGGCCGGAAUCGAGGUAGACUGCAGUUUCGAUCCUGUCAUUAACCCCAGUGGCAAGAAUUAUGUGAAACUCACUAUGAGCGGGCUUCGGAGCUAUCCUGACAAUGGGGAGGAUGUUCAAUUCUGGCGUGUAUGUAAAGGCACUUGGAUGCUUCAGGAGAAUAUCAAGAGCACAGCCAUGGCGUGUUCUAAGCACGCACAAGAAUGUCAAGCGGACGACAAGAGCCACUCGCAAAAGAAGACAAUUACUCUAGGCGAAUCUUCGUUCUACGACGGGUGGACCACGGACGACACUGCAGGAACACUCAAUAUGAAGUUUCCCUUCUUCAUCAAGAAAGGCUCUUCCCGUUACAACCAAGAUACAGGCGAUGUUGGCGACACAUCGGUCACUCAUACGCUGGUGCUGGAACUACAGUUGAUGAAGGAGACCUAUCCAAAUGGCAACCCAGAUCUCUCUGUCAGAACUGGAGUAGGCAGGAUCCUUCGAUCUGAGCAUCGGGUUGUGUUGAGCGACUACGUCAGGCCUUCCGAUCAUGUUGCAGAGGAGAGUCUGCCCUGCUAUAAUGAUCUCCGGCCUGGACCACCGCUGUACCAAGAGGAGGAUUAUGAAUGAUU